CCCGCGCCAUGAAGUGCUUAUUUGUUACAGUUGGGACCACCAGCUUUGAUGAGCUCAUUGCGUGUGUUUCGGCGCCAGACAGUCUGGAAAUCUUCAGGAACCUCGGGUACGGCCGGCUGGUGCUGCAGGUCGGGCGAGGAAGCCUGGUGCCCGAGGCGCUCAGCACCGAGUCCUUGGCCCUGGAGGUGUACCGGUACAAGAAGUCCUUAGAAGACGACCUUCGGAGGGCGGAUCUUGUCAUCAGCCACGCAGGUGCAGGAAGCUGUUUGGAGACUCUGGAGAAAGGAAAGCCACUUAUAGUUGUUAUAAAUGAAAAGUUGAUGAACAAUCAUCAGCUGGAAUUGGCAAAGCAGCUACACAAAGAGGGACAUCUCUUCUACUGUACCUGCAGCACGCUUCCUGGGCUGUUACAGUCAAUGGACUUAUCAACACUGAAAUGUUUUCCUCCUGGCCAGCCCGAAAAAUUUUCUGCAUUUUUGGAUAAAGUUGUUGGAUUACAAAGGUUCCCCCUGACCUGGGCAAGCCAGUCCUGUGUUUCUGCUCCUGAGACCUGCCAAGAUGCUGCGGUGCUGACUCCAACUGCCAUCUCCUACCUACUUUAUGGCUUCCCGGAUUACCUGCAUAAGCAAGCUCAAGUUACUGCUCCCCAUCCUACCUGCACCCUGCUUUCCCACUCUCCCUGCUUGCUAUACUUCUUCCUGUUCCUUUCUCAACCCCACCCUACCCCCUGCACUAUGCAAAAAGCCUGGAAAAAGUACGGCAGCCAGAAAUCUCUGAAUGAGGCAUCAAUGGAUGAAUAUUUAGGCAGUUUAGGGCUGUUUCGAAAGAUGACUGCCAAGGAUGCCUCUUGCCUCUUUCGGGCUAUUUCGGAGCAGUUGUUUUACAGCCAGGUCCAUCAUCUGGAAGUCAGGAAGGCUUGUGUCACAUAUAUGAAGAAAAAUCAACAAGCUUUCGAGUCUUAUGUGGAGGGAUCUUAUGAGAAAUACCUGAAACGACUGGGAGAUCCUAAGGAAAGUGCUGGCCAACUGGAAAUAAGAGCUCUUUCUCUUAUUUAUAAUCGGGAUUUCAUUCUUUACCGCUCUCCUGGAAAGCCUCCAACUCCGGUCACGGGUAAUGGUUAUGAAGAUAAGAUUCUGCUCUGCUAUUCAAAUAAUGGCCACUAUGAUUCCGUGUACUCAAAACAGUAUCAGUCAAGCGCAGCAAUCUGUCAGGCUGUGUUAUAUGAAAUACUCUAUAAAGAUGUGUUUGAUGUGGAUGAAGAAGAGUUGAAAACUGCAGUGGAAUUGUUUCGAAUUGGUUCCAAGAAGAAUAGAAAUAAUGCUCUGACUGGAAGUGAAGAUGACCAUGCCAACUUUAAGAGUUCAACACAGAAUAGGGCUGAAGAGGAGGGGGCUGCUUGCUGUGAUGCUGAAAAUGUAGCAGAGGAGCACAGUCAAGGAACAGAAGAAGCAAAGUCUUCAGAAAAUUCAUCAAAGAUGCUUUUCCCCUAUAAGGUGCUCAAAGCUCUAGACCCAGAAAUCUACCGUAAUGUAGAAUUUGAUGUUUGGCUGGACAGCAGAAAAGAACUUCAAAAAUCUGAUUUCAUGGAAUAUGCUGGAAAACAAUACUAUUUGGGAGACAAGUGUCAGGUUCGCCUGGAAUCUGAUGGAAGGUAUUACAAUGCUCACAUUCAGGAAGUUGGAAAUGAGAACAAUUCAUUAACAGUCUUUAUUGAAGAACUGGCUGAAAAGCAUGUUGUCCCACUGGCUAACUUAAAGCCAGUUACUCAAGUGACACCUGUUCCAUCCUGGAAUGCUAUGUCCAGUCGGAAAGGAAGAAGCUACCCCAAAAUGCCUGGGGGCUAUGUCCCAGAAAUAGCUAUGUCAGAGAUGGACAUGAAGCAACGGAAGAAGAUGUUCAAGAAAGUUAGAGGCAAAGAGGUUUAUAUGGCUAUGGCGUACAGUAAGGGAGAACCUCUUCUCCCACCCAGGUUGCCGCAUAAUAUGCAUUGUGGGCAUGACUCUCCAUUGCACUACUCACAGACAGCUGGCAAUUUUAUGUCUAAUGAACAUUUUCAUCCUCAACAUUCAUCUCAAAGACAAGGUCGAGGAUAUGGGAUGCCCAGGGAUUCACCUCGCUUUAUAAACAGACACAACAUGAUGGGUCCUAAGGUUGGUUUCUACCCUGGCCCAGGUAAAAGAUGUUGCCAAAACUACGAUAACUUCUCUUACAGAUCUCGUUCUUUUAGACGAAGCCAACGCCAGGUGCAUAAUAUGAAUAAGGAAUGCCAAUAUGGCUUUGCCCCAGAGAAUGGACAGAUGCCCAGGGGCUUGGAAGAAACUGUCACUUUCUAUACAAUUGAGGAAGGAGACCAGACUGCUUAUUCAGCUUUACCUAAUCAUGGAGGCCCCUCUACAAUGGUUCCUGCUACUUCAGGAUACUGUAUGGCAAGGCGGGGACCUAGGACAGACAAACAAACCUUGAAUGCAGAGGAAGGUGAUGGCCAGAGUGACAAUGUUGGAUACGGUGAAGAAUAUACUUAUCCUUCAGCACCAGACUAUGAAACAUCAAGUGUUUAUAGUACAACUGAAUCUACAGCAAACUUGUCUCUUCAGGAUGGAAGACCAUGUUCUAUGUCACCUCAAGAUACAGCUACCUCAUACAACUACCCUCAGAAGGUGAUCAUCAAUUCUGUAGCAGUUGCAGCUUCCAGUGCCAGUAAUGGUCCAGCUCCAGUCGUAAACAACUGUGCUGCACCAGCUAACCCAGCUAGUGUUACCACUUCAGCUUCCUCCCAGCCUUUAUUUGUGUCUCCACAUACCCAAGGCAGGCCAGUGAUUGCUUCAUCAUCCUAUCCGUACCACUCAGCUGCCAUUCCUGCUGCUGCCACUUCUCUACCACCCCCGCCCUUGCCGCCACCGCCACCUCCUACUCCUUCUCUUGAGAUGGGAGAUGCUUCAAACUUUCCACCACCACCGCCACCUUAUUCCUGUGAUCCUAGUGGCAGUGAUCUGCCCCAAGAUACCAAAGUUUUGCAGUACUAUUUCAAUCUGGGAUUGCAGUGCUAUCACCACAACUACUGGCAUACCAUGGUAUGUGUGCCACAAAUGCAGCAGCAGUUCUCGUUGGAGAAUUAUCCAGUGUAUACUGAGCAACCUCCUCUGGUUGAGCAAGCCAUUCCUCAGUUGUACAGUGACGGGGGGAGAACAGAUGGCACACAGGCGGAAGCAUCAGCAAAUGGUGUUUUUACUAAUUCUGACCCUGCAUCUGUCACUCAUGGAGGAGCAGUGUAUUAUCCAAUAAUGUCGGAUCCCUAUGGGCAGCCUCCAUUGCCGGGUUUUGAUUCCUGCCUGCCAUAUGUGCCAGAGUAUUCCUAUGUGCCUCCCUGGCACCCAGGUGGUGCAGUAUAUGGUGGUUCUCAAAUUCAUGGUGCUGUGAAUCCUGGGCCAGUUAGCUAUAUUGCUUCACCUUCUACAGCCUCUAAUUAUGUACCUCCAAAUAUAUAAAAUGCUGAGCAGUAUAUAAGGUAUUCUUGCACUGCCAUUUUUCUUGCGGCCUUGGUUCUCAAAGCACAUUUUAUGUUAGUGCUUAAGGGAUUUAGUUAGAAUGCUUAUUGUAUCUGCCUUUAAGAUUAUUUUGUCUUCUGAUUUGUUAGUACUUUAAAGUAAUUGAAUAUUACUUUUUGUUGCCUAAAAAGGAAACUGAGACUCAUGAACAACUUGCCCUCUAUUGAGCAGGUUUUUGUAUUCACCUGUUUUAUCGGUCAACCAGCCGGUUAACUUUGUAUUAGCUUGAGGGUAUCAUUUGCUAAAAGGAAUAAAUCCUACAAACUAUUCACUUGGUUCAAAAUUCACACAUAUUAAAGCCAUGUAAACUUAGAAUAGCUUCAUUUUUUUAAUUGAAAACAAGCCAAGGAUGUUUGUUUUUUCUGGAUGACAAUACCAAAAUUAAAUGGGGCGCACUAUGCAGAUCUCUUAAGAAUUGUCUGAAUUGAGUUGUUUUCUAUGAUGUUAAUCAGUUUUGAAAAUACUUGGUUCCUCUGAUUUAGACUUAUCCCACAUGCUGUAGUUAAGAAUUAAGUUGAUGUAACUGAUUUACUGCACAGUAUUGAAUUUGGUAUCCUUUGCACAAUUAGCAGUAAAUAAAGAUUAGCAUUUAAAAUUGUUAAAA